AUGCGAUUGACCGUCGAGCUGAUCCAAAAUUCCCUUUCAUACAUCAACCCGCUCAAAGACCGCGAGCUAGAUCUCCGAGGGCACAAGAUCCCCGCGAUUGAGAAUUUGGGUCUAGCCAAGGACCAAGAUGCCAUCGACCUCACGGAUAACGACAUCACGACGCUGGGCAACUUCCCCUUCUUCCCGCGGCUGCACACGCUGCUGCUGGCGCGGAACCGCAUUAAACAGAUCCAGCCGAACCUGGCGACCUCGGUGCCGAACCUGACGGCGAUCAAUCUGACGGCGAACGCGGUGGCCGAGCUGGCGGAUCUGGAUCCGCUGCGCGGGUUGAGCGGGUUGACGCAUUUGGUGGUGUUGGAGAAUCCGGUUACGAGGAAGGAGCACUAUCGACACUACCUCAUCUGGCGCAUCCCCAGCCUGCGGUUCCUGGACUACCAGAAAAUAAAGGACGCGGAGCGCGCGAAGGUUACUGAGCUGUUCGGCACGGCGGAGGAGCCCUCGGCGCUCGCGUCGAAGAUCAUGGGCGUCAAGUCGCGGACGUUCGACGUGCCGGCUUCUCAUCCCGGGGCUGCGGGCGGUGGUGCGGCUGGCGGUGACCGGGCGGUGCGGGUGAAGUUGACGGAGAAGGAGCGGAAGCGGGUGGAGAAGCUGAUCCGCGAGGCGAAGAGUCUGCAGGAGAUCUCGCGGCUGGAGAGGGAGUUGAAUGAGGGGCGGAUACCGGGGGGUGCGGUGGAUUAUGCGGAGAGUGGGGAUGAGAUGGAGACUUCUUAGGAUUUUCGUUGUAUGGAUGGGUAUUGUGUUUUCAAUGGAGUCGGUUUUGGGAUAGUAUUUGUAGCUUUGAUGGUGAUGUGUAGAAUCUCCCGAAGAAGGGGAUUGCGU